AUGUCGGGUCACGUGUUCGACGUUCGCUGCUCUACGGAGAUCACCGUAGAGCCUAAUUUACAACAACGGUUGGUGAUGGCUCCUCAUACUGACGUGAGCAUUGUUACUGAUGCAAGCUUUAUUGCUCCGUUUAAAGAGGCAGAAAAGCGUUCUGAAGCCCUUAGUGAGAAGAAUGACCAGCCAUCUUCGGUCACCGACUAUCCGAUGACUGAAGACGAAGUACGCAAUCUCCUCAACGUCGUCGACAGAAUUCCCACCAAGCUUUGGGUGGCCUGCCUCGCCGGUAUCCUUGAACGGUUUGUAUGGUAUGGGGCGACUGCCCCUUUGCGACAGGCAUCCGCAUCUAAUAUCGUGAAUGCGCUCAUUAUCGGGUCUUACAUUACCCCUGUUCCUGCUGCUGUUGUUGCUGAUAGCUGGCUUGGUCGUUACAAAACCAUGCUCUAUGCUGCUAUCAUUGAAUGUAUCGGGGCAACAAUUCUAUUCGCGACUUCACUGCCUGCUGCUAUUCACGGGGGAGCUGCUCUCGGUGGCGUAAUCCCCGCAUGUAUACUGCUGGCUGUGGGAUCAGGGGCAUUCAAAACUACCGUGGUCCCGUUUAUUGCCGACCAGUACGAGCAAACCGAGCCUCGGAUCUACACUAAGAAGACGGGUGAGAAGGUUGUUACCAGUCAAGAGUUGACUAUUACGUAUAUCUAUAAUGCAUUUUACUGGUUCGCCGUGAAUGUAGUGGGUUUCUUUGCCGAUUCCACGCCAUUGCUAGAGAAAUAUGUUGGUUUUUGGGUCGCAUACUUAAUUCCUUGCUGUUGCAUGUGGCUAGCCUUGAUCCCGAUUCUUCUCGGUCGCAAUUACUUUGUUCGGGAAUCCCCAACAGGUAACAUCAUGCCUGAUGUGGUGUCCGCCUUGCGCUAUGGCAUAGCCGGAGGCUUCCAAAUGGAUGCUGCAAAACCGGACGUCCAGCUCCAACAUGGUCGUCAAGUCACAUGGACUGACUCUUUUAUCGAGGAUAUUAAGCGAAGCCUUCUAACCUGCCGAGUAUUGCUCCUUUUCCCUAUUCACUGGCUCUGCUACAAUCAGACAUUCAACAAUUUGAUCUCUCAGGCUGGGCAAAUGGUCACAUACGGCAUCCCAAAUGACAUGAUAAAAAUUGCCGGGGCCAUUUCCGGUAUCGUCGUCGCGCCCAUGAUCCAGAAAGGAUUAUAUCCUUUCCUUACAAAGAAACAGAUUUCGUUUAGUCCGAUUGCACGUAUGUCAGUUGGAUUCGCUGUUCUGACCCUUUCUAUGGUCUACGCAACCAUAGUUCAAAAGCUUGUAUAUCAGGCAGGGCCGUGCUAUGACACGCCGCUAGCGUGCUCGGCUGCUCUUAAUCGUACCGUGCCUAACCAGAUUUCGGUCUUUCUUCAAAUCCCAAUCUACUUCGGAGGCGCGGUGGCAGAAGUUUUGUGCUUGACCACGGGUACCGAAUAUGCCUAUAACCAUGCCCCUAAGAGGAUGAAGACGCUAGUCCAAUCCAUUUGGCUCGCCAUGGCCGGGUUUGGAUCGUGCUUAGCCCUUGCAUUUACGCCGCUGACCAUGGAUCCUCACUUGGUCACGAUGUAUGCUAUCUUGUCCGUACUUUUAGGUGGGGCAACCAUCCUGCUAUGGGUGCUUUUUCGGAACGUGGAUAAGGUUAAGAACGAAAUUAUGUUGGUAGGGCUUUAG